AUGGCCGCUAAAUACAAGGCGGUAGCGAUCUCUGCCUCAGCAAAAGGAACAGAAGAAGCAGAGUCUCAACCGAGUGGCGAUAUUGAGGAACACAUAGAUCUUCAACUCCAGACAAUUGAGAAAGUAGCGAACCACUCGCGGAAUCCAAAAGGAAACUUCAUCCGUGGCUUAAAGCUAGCUGUGCGUAACGUUAAAGCCGCGACCGUUGACUCGGACGGAGGUCAAUCACUGGUUAGGAUCCCAGAGAACUACAGCCGCAACCAGUCUCAGAAGAGAAAUAAAAAGAAAAAGGCGAAGAAAAAGAAGUCCUCACCAUCGUUAGUGACAGAUUUGCCUCCGAUCCCUGCACCAUAUGUGCACUCAGAGGCAGAGACAGCGUCAAGGUCGCUCAAGGAAAUCUCGCGCUCCUUCGUCUGCAGCGGUGAAAGUUACAAUUCUAGAAGCUCCUCCGUUACAUACGGAAUGUUAAUGGCGGAAGCAAAAUCUAAAAUUGCGUUGCUAGCGCUAGGUAUAGAAUCUGCCAUUCGUCAAAAACGCGCCGUGGCCGGAGGUCUCUUAUUAGAGGUCUCAGGUCCAAACUGCGGGCAGAAGGCGGACAAUUUGGCUGCUAAAUUGCGGGAGAUAUUUCCAGCCGCAGAUGCCUUGAAACAGGCCAUGUGGUUCGCAGACACUUGUGGUGAGACCGGGCAUAAAGCGAAGGAGUGCACCUCUACAGAUUUAAAGUGCCCCUUGUACUCGGAUCUGGGACUUCCUUCGAGUCACCGUCUGGGUAACCAGUGCCCCAAAACAACGAGAAAAGGCAAAAAGAAGCAAACGCAGGCCACUACAGCAAAAACGGCUACGGCAACUAAUAUGACGGCGACGAGCAAUAGCUCGCCGAUGGAGGUUGGUGAGGUA